GCGACAGCCAGGCACGGUGGAGGAGGAGUGAUGAUCUGGGCURCCUCACRAACUCCUCAGAAUACUAAUGAAGCCGUGGCCCAGAUUAAACUCAUUCAAGGAAAGAAAGAAAAAUGAAAGAAGGAAUGGAAKAAAGGAUGAAUUAAYCCUUUCACGAUCMAGAGCCUUACAAUGUGAGCUUUAUACAUCAUUACACAGWGGACAAAUGAACACACCCAAGGUGAUGAGCAAAGCCAAACUGAGACCUGAAGUGAAACAUGCGUGGGAAUAAGACAAAGUGAAACCAGGAUCGGGAGCAGACCAUGUAACUGCAGAUUAUGGUGGCUUUUCUUUCCGUCAUCUGAGACGCUGAUGAGGUCAUUCCGGAGACGACUGUAAAAGUGAUUGAGCACUAAAUCCUUGAACAUGUUUGGUUUUCAGAGCAGAAACCCGUCAUGUGGAUUUUUCAUUACCACGUCAUCACGUCUGUAGCAAACUUCGACUAGUCGGAAGCCGAAGUUCGGAGCUGGAGCUGAAGUUUUCAGGUGAGACCCAACGGAGCCCACGUCACUUCCCCCAGGGAGGUCCGAGAGGUUUCCAUCUGGGCGGCGGGCUGCCGUGGGAGAAUUGGGGCUCUUUUUCCUCUGUUGGGCAGAGCAGGAGGCUGACCUGCGGAGGAACAGCUCGGCUCUGGGUCUGUUAUUUUUUUUUGGGUGGGGGGUUUAACCGCAGAGUAAAUCUGGCGCUGAGAGGCGGAGAAAGCGCUCGGAGCCAUGCGUGAAAACAGUUUUGCCUGAAGGCUUGGCGAUCAACUGCCAGGAGGAGUGUGGAAAUCUUGCAAGAUGGCCUGACAUCUUCCCUUUUUAAAAAAAAAAAAAAAAAAAAAAACUUUAAUCAGAGUUGUUUGACUUCUCUGGGAAGUUUAUUCUGUUUAUCUCUUUUGGAGCGAGUGACGAGCUCGCAGCKUUAUAGGUUUCCUCUCUGUCCGUUUGGGUCGGAGAGGAGAUGAUCGCUCAGGAUGGGACUGUGCCUCGGGACCGAAGAUACAGAGGAGGAGAAGAAGGCGAAGAUAAACAGCGCCAAGAUAGACAGAGACCUGUGCGAACACGCAAAGCGGGAGAUGAAUGCGGUUAAAAUCCUCAUUCUGGGAGCAGCAGAGAGUGGGAAAAGCACUUUGGUCAAACAGAUGAAAAUCAUCCACAGCAACGGCUUCACCGWGCAGGAGCUGAGCAGCUUCAAGGCGGCGGUGUUGGAUAACCUCCUGACUUCCAUGAAGUUUGUCCUCCAUGGAAUGGGCGUCCUCCGGAUCAACCUGGCUAACAGCAGGAACAAGGUCCACGCCCAUUCGGUCCUGUCGUGUGGGCGGUGUUUCGACGAGGAGCAGGUGCUGCUCCCCUUCCUGAGCCGAGCCCUGUCCUCCCUGUGGGCCGACCAGGGGGUGAGGGCUGCGGCCGCCCGCGGCUACGAGUACGAGCUGAACGACUCGGCGCUGAUGUACGACGUUGGAGGUCAGAGAACCGAACGCAGGAAGUGGAUCAGCUGCUUCGAGGACGUCCGAGCGGUCCUGUUUGUCGUGGCUCUUAGCGGAUACGACAUGACUCUGGUGGAAGACCCCUCAGUGAACCGCCUCCAGGAGAGCAUGAAACUUUUCUCCUCCAUCUGCAACAACGUCUUCUUCCGCAGCACCUCCAUGAUUUUAUUCAUGAACAAGAUAGACCUUUUCCAAGACAAGAUCUUGCACACAGGACGGCAUCUGCGGUUAUAUCUGCCACAGUUUAAAGGCGCGGACUGUGACGUGGAUUCGGCCGCACGCUUCAUCCUCGCCACUUUCGUCUCGCUCAACAACAGCCCCAAGAAGCUCAUCUACCACCACUUCACCACGGCAACCGACACCUCCAACAUCCAGGUYGUCUUUCAGGUGGUUAUGGAGACGAUCAUUAAGGAGAACCUGGAGGCUGUGUCGCUCCUGUAGCCACCGGCGGCGGCGGCGCCUCAGUGAAGUUUCAUUUAAAAAGACUGAAAUGAACCAAAACGAAGUUUGUCCUCUAUUAAUAUUUAACUUCCUACAACUACAAAACCAAGCUCUGAAGCUUUUGGCAAUUCUUCCAAAACACCCCGGCUUUCCUUUUUGCAUUUGUGACUGAAGCACAACAGAGAGGCGCGGUGAGGAUUUACGGUUUGUCCGCUACCUUCCUCCUCACAGGAUUCACCCAUGCAUACGGUCGUGUGUUUUUCCCCCCCUCAUCCAUCACCGUGUCUCUGCGCCGUGCGUCACAGCCUCCUAAUGAGGCRCUCAUGGCCGUAUAACUGCUCACGGGUUUGUGUUCGCCCGAGAUCCCAAACGCAGCAGGGCAUCUUAUAAUCUGUGCCAUUAACUAACUGUCCCACUGACUUAAUACCAGCCACCAAUGAUGCGGAGGCGGAGCUCAUUAGAAGCAAAACGUGUACAUUAAAAACACCCCACAGGUCGUCUGACUUGGGUUUAAUUUCCUUUCUUUCCACCUGUGACACAUUGUCUCAAACUGAUUUACAAAACGCUGCCUCCUGCGUGUGUGAGCUGUGGCGUUAUCUGUUCCGGAGUUUGUUUCUGAAGGUUCCCCUGAGCGACCGGCGGUGCCARCGCGCUCCGACUUCAGUAAUGAACAAUAUUUGUCCAUGACUGACGGAGCCUUUCACUGAAACUUAAAAAACACCCCAGAGUGCUUUUAUAUGAUGAAGCAGUGAUGUGUGUGUGUGUGUGUGUGUUUUUAAUCUGAAAUGUGAAUAAAUGUGACUCUGUCCUCUUUGACAGACACGAAAACAAA